AUGAACUACGGGGUAGAAAAAUCACCUUUGUCACAGGCACCAGUCACUCGCGAGAAGAUGGAGAAGUGGGUGGACGCCCAGGUGAAGGGGGAGAAGGCAGACAUAGACGUCUACGGGAAACCAACGGACAAGAUGCUGAAGGAACUGGAAAAUGUCAGGAACCUCAGCAAAGAGUUGCAGGAUAAUCUUCACGAAUUAGAAAACUCGGUCCGCAUUGCUGAGGUGGAGAAUCAAGCAAUGAAUCCAACUGCUCAAAUCCUGGACUUCUCAGAAGACCAUGAGUUCGUGCCCGACAACAAGGACACUUACUACGCAGAAGAAGAUAAAGUGGAUGCCAAAGAAGAAGAGAAGAAGAAGCUAACGAAGGGUAAAGGACCAAAAACAGAGAUACAAGAGUUUUAUAAGGAUCAGUGUGUGUUUUUGACGGGGGGGACUGGAUUUUUGGGUAAAGUUUUAAUAGAAAAAUUGAUUCGUUCCUGUGGAGAUAUAAACACGAUUUAUGUAUUGGCAAGAAAUAAGAAAGGCAAGGACCCCAGGGUGCGGCUACACGAGAUGAUGGACGAGUUUCUUUUCCAUAGAGCUCAUGAGGAGAAUCCUAAAGGAAUCCACAAGGUGGUCCCAAUAUUAGGAGACAUGGAACUGCCGGGAUUAGGCAUCAACGAAGAAGACAGAAAGAUGUUAGCAAGCAAGGUCACAAUAAUUAUUAACGCUGCUGCAACCGUGAAGUUUGAUGAAAAACUCUCAGUUUCCACGGCUAUCAACGUAAAGGGUACUAAAGAGGUUCUGAAGCUGGCUAAGGAGUGUCGGAACCUGAAGGCCAUUACUCACGUAUCCACUGCUUUUUCGAACACACAAGUCAAACACAUUGAAGAAAAAUUCUACGAGCCCCCAAUGUCGGUUGAGGCUCUGGAAGCCAUUUCAGAAGUUGAUGAAAAACUGGUCGAGAGCAUCUUGCCAACACUACUAGGAACCCGUCCGAAUACCUAUUGCUUUACCAAAGCCGUAGCUGAAGAAGCUGUCAGGACUUACGGGGAAGGACUCCCCAUUUGCAUCGUCAGACCCUCCAUAGUUGUAUCUACAUACGAAGAGCCUGUGCGAGGGUGGACAGACAGUGUGUACGGACCCACGGGGCUUGUCGUCGGCAUUGGAACAGGGGUUCUUCGAACAAUGUACAUGGAUCAGGAGAAGGUGGCUGAUAUGGUGCCAGUGGAUCUAUGCGUCAAUGCCAUCCUAGCGUCAGCCUGGCACACUGCCAAGAAUUACAAGGAAAACCAAACUUCUCAUAUCCCGAUCUACAACUACGUGUCUGGAGCACAAAAUCCCCUGACUUGGGGAGAGUUUAUCGAGAGGAACCGUAGAUAUGGUAUCGAUAAACCAACUACAAAGGCUGUUUGGUACUACGGAUUAAACCCGACGAAUAAUUACUAUUUGUUCCUUUUCUACAACUUCUUCCUACAUUACUUGCCUGCUUUAAUGAUCGACACCUACUGCGCUAUCACCGGGAAGAGACGGGCAAUGCUAAAGUUGUACUCAAAAGUAAUGAAACUCGCCAAUAUUUUGUUUUAUUUCUCAACGCAAGAUUGGAAGUUUUCUGAUAUGAACGUGAGGAAUAUGUGGAAUUCCCUGUCUGAUGCCGACCGAGUCGUAUUCCCAUUCAGCAUGGGAGAAAUGUCUUGGGAAUACAUGUGCGAAACUUUCUUAGUUGGUCUAAGGGUGUACCUUAUAAAAGACGAUCUAUCAACUUUACCUGAAGCCAGGAAAAAGUGGAACAAGCUCUAUUACCUUCAUCAGAUCCUGAAAAUCAUCACACUGUCUUUAGUUUUAUACUUAACCUAUUUUGUAUUACAGCCUAUAAUUGCUCUCGUAUUCAAUUGA